CUUCACUGAAGUAAAUAUUUCGCAGAUCUGUGGUUUCAGACAGAUUAUGAGCCAGCGAUGCAGAUAAAAUCUGACGAAUACAUAAAAAGGGACGAUUUUCAGGCAGUUUUUGAUAUAAUAAAGGGAACUGAAGCAGAAAUCAAGGAUUCCCAGCCUACAAGUUUUAUAAAUGCUUUCCAGCUGAUAGCAACAUCACAAGACCUAGAUUUGUCUGGCUUAUUUGAAGAACAGGAGACUGAGAAACGGAAAACAAAACUUGGAUCUAAGCAUACUAUCAGUGAAACAAUACAGAAAAUCGAAGCUGCUGCUAAGGAUGCAAGCCUAUCUGUUGAAAAAAUAAACACGACAAAGAUGAGAAUGCAUCCCACAAAUAAGAUGGAAAGGCAUUCCAAAUCGUGCUUGGACCUAGCAGCAGAGGUAACUGAGGUGGCACCAAAGCACUGUGUAGUGCAAAUAUCAAAAUCUUCAGGAGAGCUGAAAUUGUUCAAAGAGUUCUGCAAGAGUUUAUCGAGUAUGUUAACAGAAUAAUCAUGUAUUUCAUCCCAAGUCACUGAAUUGUGAGAUCCCAAUAGCAGCAGUGAGGCUUUAUGGCCCAUUUUAUGUAUGAAGUUUUGAGGAUGACAUGAAUGUUAGAGAAAAGUGUCUCAAAAAUCCAUUCAGAAACUUUUAGCUGAGGUAAUUUUUGCGUUCCACUAUCAAUAGAUUUUAAUAAACCUGUUGGAUUGAGAAUUUCUAGAGUUCAAUGUUAUGCGAAAAUAUCUUUCGAUCUAAAAUCACCGCAAGUGUACGAUUUGUUAGCAAGUAAUAAAGUGGAUUUUGAUUCUCAGUAUUA